GCUCAUUUGUGGACGGACGUAUUUUUAGGUACUUGAAAUGCUUGUUGAAAUCAGUUUAAUUCUAAAUAAAUGAGAAAUAGAAGCUAAACUAAACCAUUUUCUAUAAUUUAGUCCACCUUUAAAGUUAUUAACAUACAAUUAUCCUACUUUCACAAUGGCCAGCAAAGUGAAAGCAAUGUUGAUAAACAAGGUGAUGCCUAAUCAUCUCAAUAAGGAAUCUUUCUUAAGAAGUGCAACAAAUUUUCACAUUUCAUACAAACAUAAUGAGAAAUGUUUUCUCCUGAACUUGUCAAGUAAGAAGUUACAAAACUCAGUAACCACUAGUCAAGUAUCUAACAACAUUGUGUCUAAUUCUGAAACAGUUCAAGUGGAUAUAGACAGAGAGACAUUCAUAAGUACUGUAUUAACUCAUAUUAUAUCAUCUAAAAAACCACAGGUUAAUGAAGACCCACAGACGAUAGUGAUAGAUUUCAGUUCACCUAAUAUUGCCAAACCUUUCCAUGCUGGUCAUUUAAGGUCCACAAUCAUAGGAAAUUUCAUUGGCAAUGUGAACCAACAUUUUAAUAAUAAAGUUACAAGGAUCAACUACUUGGGAGACUGGGGUACACAAUUUGGACUACUGCAGUAUGGUUUAAAAGCCAAAAAUAUUGAUAUAAAUGGUCUGAAAAAUAACCCCAUGAAAGCAUUGUAUGAAGCUUAUGUCUAUGCAAACAAAUUAUCAUCUACAGAUGAAAGUAUUCAGGAACAGGCUAGGGACUACUUUGCCGAUAUAGAACAAGGGAGGACUUCUUUAGAAAAUUGGAUGAAAAUUCGUGAAAUUACAGUUGAAGAAUUGGAAAUUGUGUAUAAAAGAUUAGGAAUUAAAUUUGAUUCUUACCAUUGGGAAUCUGAUUAUAAUGGAGGAGCAAUCAAAGAUAUAUUGAAUUUAUUAGAAGAAAAUAAUGUGAUAAAAACUGAUGAAUCUGGAAAGAAAGUUGCUAGAAUAAAGAACAGGGAUGUGACUAUUUUAAAAAGUGAUAAGUCUACUUUAUAUCUAUCUAGAGAUAUUGCUGCUCUACUAGAUAGGUACAAAAGGUAUAACUUUAACAAAAUGCUGUACGUAGUGGACAACUCCCAAACAGAUCACUUUGCAGCCCUAUUUGAAAUUGUGAAGCAAAUAAAUGAAGAAUGUACAAAAGGCUGUCAACACAUUAAAUUCGGGAGGAUCAAAGGCAUGAGCACAAGAGCUGGUAAUGUGGUGUUCUUGUCAGAUAUCCUAGAUGAGGCAAAGCAGAAGAUGUAUGACCAACAGCUACAAUCUAAAAAUACUAGGAAUUCAGCCAUGAAUGAAGAAACCUGUGAUAUUCUUGGUACCACUGCAGUCAUAAUUAAUGAUUUGAAACAAAAAAGACUUAAAGAUUACACAUUUAGCUGGGACCGGGUUUUACAAAGCGAAGGAGACAGUGGAAUCAGGCUGCAGUAUCUUCACUGCAGACUAUGGAGCCUAGAAAAAAAUUCAGGAUUGGCAAUCCCACAAACUUGUGAUCCCACAGCUAUUCCUGAAGAAAUUGUAGGUGAUGUAGUAGCAGAACUAGCCAGAUUUGAAGAUAUUCUGUCCAGAUCUCUAGAAGAAUAUGAAGCUUGUGUUAUAGUUAACUAUUUAUUUAGACUAGCAAGACAUGUAAAUAGAAUGUUCAAUGAAUUAAGAGUAAAUAAUGCAAGCCCUGAUUUAGCAGCUCAGAGGCUAUUAGUGUUCCACUCUGCUCGUGUAGUUGUAAAAACGUGUUUAGAGAUAUUAGGAGUAAAGCCUCUUUAUGAAAUGUAGAUAUAAAGAAUAUAAAUUGAAAAGUGGUGGUACUUUCUUUGCAAUUUCAAAAACAAAAUGUAGUACAUAUAUGAGUAAUAUAUGUACUACAUUGUGGGAUGAUACUAUGAUUAUAGGUCUUCAUACAGUACACCUCCGCAGGUCUGUGCCAUUAUUAUGUUUUUUUAAUAAAAUAAAUUAGAAAAUAGUAUAAAAAUAUACUUGUGGUAUUUCUAUACUAAUCCACUCAUGUGGCUAUUCAAACAAUUUUCAAAAACAAGUAUAACAUUUUAAGAUGUUAUCUUAUUUAAGUCUACCAAAAUCUUUUUUUACUGAAGCCUUACACAGAAUUUUAAUUGCACACCGGGGGAGGAACCUUUAUUUAGCUAUGUGCUUCAAAAGAAAAAAUAUUUUAUUUCUA